AACAACAGAGUCAGAGUGGGACGGGAGAGGAGGGCGAGCCGGCACGGGACCUCAUUAAUUACCUCCAGAUCAAUGAGAACUUGUUAGUAAUCGUUGGACUACACCAUCUUCACGACGCAGCUCGGACUGGCUCCUCUCCGGGAAGGACACUUUGGAGAACCUUCUGGAUUAUUCCUCCUCCUCAGCUGGGCUCAUCUAUCUGCUAUGUGACCUGUUGCGUGGCUGCUGGCUUUUCGAUCUCCUUUCAGUCAUUUUAUUUUUUUGGGUUUGGUUACCACGGAUCCACAAAGUUGCAGUGCGCUCUCUGUGCGUAAAGUUCGCUCCGUCAUGACAUCCAAAGAAGUGUCCAAACGCGACGCAGCGGAGAGCAGGAGGCGAAGUCCUCUCGACCUGCUGCCGCCCGCCGCCGUGACAACCAAGCCGCUCACCCCGUUCAGCAUCGAGGACAUCCUCAGCCGGCCCUCCGUGAAGCGCGGCUACACCAUCUGCGGCACCGCGCACCUCAUCUCGGCCUCGGAGAAGCACCGCGGCGGGCCGGGUGGACCCCCCCCGCUGGGUCGGACCCCCCCUCUGGGCCGGACCCUGCUCGCGCAGACCUCGCCUCUCUGCGCGCUGGAGGAGCUCGCGAGCAAGACCUUCAAAGGGCUGGAAGUGAGCGUGCUGCAGGCGGCAGAAGGCAGGGACGGGAUGACGUUGUUCGGCCAGAGGAACACCCCGAAGAAGCGGCGGAAGUCGCGCACGGCCUUCACCAACCACCAGAUCUACGAGCUGGAGAAGCGCUUCCUGUACCAGAAGUACCUGAGCCCGGCGGACCGGGACCAGAUCGCCGGGCAGCUCGGCCUCACCAACGCGCAGGUCAUCACCUGGUUCCAGAACCGGCGGGCCAAGCUGAAGCGGGACCUGGAGGAGAUGAAGGCGGACGUGGAGUCGGCCAAGGCGGUGGGCCAGGUGCCCCUGGAGAAGCUGGCUAAGCUGGCCGACCUGGAGAAGUGCGCCAACGGGACGUUAGGCCACCCGCCCGACUCCCCGGCCCUGGCGCAGAGGGCCGGGCUGCACAGACUGAGGCGGGCCCCCGCGUCGCCCUUCUCGGACCACACGACCAGUAAGGAGGGCUCGGAGGACGAGGACGUGGAGAUAGAUGUGGACGACUGACCGGGAGGGGGGCCCGCAUAGACUCAUACACCGGGACGGGACGUGGACCGCUUAUAUACCGUUUUAUAUCAAAACAAAGACCCUAUCCACAGGACGCAUGAACACGAGAUGCAGCAGAUAUUUUACACCGAUGAGCUGCGAUCAAAGCAAUAUCGUCUCCGAGGACGUGAAGACAUUAUUUUUGCAUAAGCCUACCACCAUACCCGCCCCCUCCUCCGAUUCGCUCUCACACACACACACACACACACACACACACACACACACACAC